CAAACCAUCAAGUAGUCUAGAACUUUAAGUAUAUAAUGACUGAGACACGGUGUGUGUUGUAGUUUUUAUGUUUUAGAAGAAAUGUUUGUACAAAAAAUAUUGUUUUUUUUAGUUUUAGUUUCUGUGCCCUUGAUCUUUGCGAUGACCCGACAACAAUUGAAAAACUCCGGGAAAUUGAUGAAAAAAAGUUGUAUACCCAAAAAUUCUGUGACAGAAGAUCAAGUCGGUCAAAUAGAGCAAGGGAAAUUUAUUGAAGAACGAAAUGUGAUGUGUUACGUGGCUUGCAUCUACACUAUGACUCAGGUGAUUAAAAACAAUAAGCUUUCAUAUGACGCUGUGAUCAAACAAAUCGAUACUAUGUUUCCGGUGGAAAUGAGAGAUGCCGUAAAAGCUUCCGCUGCUCAUUGUAAAGACAUUAGUAAAAAGUAUAAGGAUAUAUGCGAAAUUGCCUAUUGGACGGCUAAAUGUAUGUACGAUUACGAUCCAAAGAACUUUAUUUUUCCAUGAGCCUUAUUUGUAAUAUGAUUCUUUAAUAAAAUAUUUACUUUCAACAUUA